GCCGCCGGGUUGCUGCUCCGCGACUCUCCCGAAGCCGUUCGUGCUCCCGCAGGAUCACCGAGCAGACAGAUUUUUGAAAAUGCCAAGUAGGAAAUUUGCCGAUGGUGAGGUGGUAAGAGGUCGAUGGCCUGGGAGUUCGCUUUAUUAUGAAGUAGAAAUUCUGAGCCAUGACAGCAACUCCCAGCUUUACAACGUGAAAUACAAAGAUGGAACUGAACUUGAAUUGAAAGAGAGUGAUAUCAAGCCUUUAACCUCCUUCAGGCAAAGGAAAAGUGGCUCGACUUCUAGUUCUCCCUCUAGACGCCGGGGGAGCCGCUCGAGGUCUCGCUCCCGGUCCCCUGGCCGGCUCCCAAAAGGUUCCCGCCGAUCCGCCUCAGCGUCGUACCAGGCUGACCUGAAGGAAGCAAGGAAGGAAGCCAAGAAGGACAUGUUGGAAGUUAAACUGACUCCGCUGGUGCUGAAGCCAUUUGGAAAUAGCAUCAACAGAUAUAAUGGGGAGCCUGAGCUCAUCGAGAGGAAUGACAUACCUCACAAAAACACGCAGGAAAAAUUCCAUUUGUCACAAGAGAGUAGUUAUAUACCUACACAGUAUAGCCUUCGUGCAAGAAGAGAAGAGAUCAAAUUAAAAGAAGUAGAUUUGAAGGAAGAAACAGUUGUCACAAAAAGACCUGCAUUGUUGAGAACCUCUGAAGUGACAGCCACACAGUCGAAGGACUUAGAGUUCGGAGGAGUGCCUGGUGUUUUUCUCAUCAUGCUUGGCCUGCCGGCCUUCCUCUUCCUGUUGCUGUUGAUGUGUAAACAGAAGGAGCCCAGUCUUCUGAAUUUCCCACCUCCUCUGCCAGCUUUGGGUGAUUUAUGGGAAACCAGAGUCUUUGGGGCCUACCUCCUCUGGUUUCUCCUUCAGGCUCUGUUCCACUUACUGCCGAUUGGAAAGGUUGUAGAAGGAACACCUCUUACUAAUGGAAGAAGACUCAAGUACAGAUUAAAUGGAUUCUAUGCUUUUAUCCUGACAUCUGCACUGGUCGGAGCGUGCUUCUUCUGGAAUGUAGAGCUUUGUUACGUGUACCAUCAUUUCCUUCAGUUUGCGCUUGCAGCCGUUGUUUUUGCCAUGGGCUUGAGUGUUUACCUCUAUGCCAGGGCUUUGAAAGUGCCCCAGGAUGAACUGUCGCCAGCCAGCUCUGGAAAUGCCAUCUAUGAUUUCUUCAUUGGCCGGGAGUUAAACCCUCGGAUUGGUACUUUUGAUCUCAAGUACUUUUGUGAAUUGCGUCCCGGAUUGAUUGGAUGGGUGGUCACUAACCUGGUGAUGCUUUUGGCUGAGAUGAAGGAACAGAAUCGCGCUGCCCCAUCACUGGCAAUGAUCUUGGUUACCAGUUUCCAGCUCUUGUAUGUGGUGGAUGCUCUCUGGAAUGAGGAAGCGUUAUUGACAACCAUGGACAUUAUCCAUGAUGGAUUUGGAUUCAUGCUGGCUUUUGGAGAUUUGGUGUGGGUUCCAUUUAUCUACAGCUUUCAGGCCUUUUAUUUAGUCAGUCAUCCAAAUGAACUGUCUUGGCCAAUGGCUUCUCUAAUCAUUGCUCUGAAACUAUGCGGAUUUGUAAUCUUCCGAUGUGCAAAUUCUCAGAAAAAUGCAUUCCGGAAAAAUCCCACUGAUCCAAGGCUUGCACAUUUAAAAACCAUUCAUACUUCAACGGGAAAAAAUCUUCUUGUUUCUGGAUGGUGGGGUUUUGUUCGCCACCCCAAUUACUUGGGUGAUCUCAUCAUGGCCCUGGCGUGGUCCCUCCCGUGUGGUUUCAAUCACAUUCUGCCUUAUUUCUAUGUGAUUUAUUUCACCAUCUUGCUGGUGCACCGAGAAGCCCGUGACGAGCACCACUGUAGGAAGAAGUAUGGCCUGGCGUGGGAGAAGUACUGCCAGCGAGUCCCCUACCGCAUAUUCCCCUACAUCUACUGAUUCUGCUCUGGGCACCCUCUAAAAUGCUCCUGCAGUUCUAUUUUCCGUUUGCAAAAAAAAAAAAAAAAGAAAGAAAAAAAAAUCCAAAACGAACCUUCUUUCAUUGCACUGACAGAAUCUGUAUAUUUCUUUUUCAGGCAGGACUAAAGAUAGAGCCAAGUAGUAAGUCUUUUCCUGUAGCCAUGUUUAAUAAAUCGUAACAAUUAACAUAAGGAAAAUAUAAAUAGAAUUUGCACUUAGGAAAUUUUUAAUCUUUAAAAAUCUGAGAACAAAAAACAGUCUUAUAA